AAAGUACUAUUUGACGAGUGAAAAGUGUAGAGACACGACGAAUAAUAAAAGAGAAGAGGAAAUUACGCAAUGAGAUAUUACGCAUUUACCAAGAUGUUAGGCCUACUAUUAUUAGUGGCUAUACUUGGAACAUCGUCGUUCGCCUAUAACGGCGAGCUGGUGGAACAAGAAUGUCCCGUGGACUGUCAUUGUCAUUAUUUUCGCGUCAACUGGGUGACCGACUGUUCUGAAAGCAAUCUGACCGUUAUCCCAUAUGACGAGCUUAGCCUAAACGUCUACAUUUUGGAUAUGAAUGGCAACAACAUCGCACAAGUCGGUCCAUUUCCGCAUUCGAUCAAGCUAAGGCGUCUCCAGAUGGCACAUAAUCGAUUGACCGAGCUCAAGCAUGAAUCGUUUGCCGGAUUAACAUACCUGCUAGAGGCGGACUUUUCAUUUAAUGCGAUCACUCAUAUCGAUCCCGAGGCGUUCAGGGACAGUCCAGGUCUCAUUACGCUGGAGCUUCAGAACAACCCAUUGGACGAGGUGAAGGGUCAUUUCUUAAAUUGUCGCACUCUCCUCUACCUCGAUCUGAACUCAUGUGGCAUCCAACGUCUGAAUACGCAAUUCUUCCACAACACGACCAAUCUGAACAAACUCGACCUGUCUCACAAUCCUCUUGGAGUAAUCGAGCCUGGCCCGUUCGAUCAUCUGACCAAUCUGGAGUACCUGAAACUGAACGCUUGCAACCUGACUCACGUCUCUCCUGACGCUUUCGCCCAUCUGGAGAAUCUUCGAGAACUUGAAAUGGCAGAGAAUGAUCUACGUAAAAUAAGUUGGACGAAUUUAUUGGCACCGCUGAUCCGUCUGGAGUAUUUGAACAUCAGAAAGACUGGAAUUACCAAUCUGCCUGGCGACGCUUUCGCGAGGAACUUGUACCUCAGGCAGCUGGUACUUGCUGACAACGAGUUGUGGCAUUUGGACGUUGGAAAUACACUUGGUCAUAAUUUGCACAGUCUUCAAUCGUUGGACUUGUCGAACUGUAAUUUGCACGAUCGUUUGUCAGAGGAGGCCUUUAGAAAUUCCAGUAAACUGCGUGUGUUGAAUUUGAGCGGCAACCCAAUGUUCGCUGCUGAUCUGACCGUUGUACUCCGUCACUUGCCAAAACUUCACAAGCUCUCGUUGAGUAAUUGUAGCUUGCGACGUCUGCCGAACGCGUUCCAUGUUUUCGAGCACCUGGAAGAACUGGACAUCUCGCAUAAUCCGUUGUCAGACGCGUUCGUUAGUUUGUUGAACCCGUUAGAGUCGUUAGAAUACCUGGACAUGUCUUACUGUAAUCUCGGUUACCUAGGAAACGAAACAUUCGCUCAUAUGACUACUCUAAAAAGGCUAAUAUUAUCUGGAAACACGUUGCAUACGUUGGAGGAAGGAUUGUUCGCUAAUUUGACGCGACUCGAGAGUCUAGAAUUGAACAACUGCGACCUGAAGACACCGAUAGAUCCUAAAGUGUUCGGCGAUCGCGUCCACACCGACAUCGUCGAGCUGAAGCUCAGCGGAAAUCCACUGGAAGUACCCGAGGAUGGUUCUCUCCUCCCGACACAAUUGUCCAACAUCGAAAUGCUUGACCUGAGCAACUGCAAUCUGGUGCAUCUGAAUGAGAAUCUGUUCACCAACACAAAGAACCUCACUGAGCUGAAUCUCUCUGGUAACCGCAUCUCUGGUUCAGAGAAUCUAUCUUGCCUGAAUAAGCUACGAAUGUUGGAGCAUUUAAAUCUGAGCAACAACAAGCUGACCACCGUCGUUCCCAGGAUGUUCAGGCGAAAUCCACGCUUAUUGUCGCUCAAUUUACUGGGCAAUCCGUUCGUGUGCAACUGCGUAAUCGCAGACAUGUGGGACUGGGCGAUACAGGUGAAGAACGAUCUACACGUGUUAGUCGGUAGCCAGCCAGCCAAUUUCGAAACAGGCGCGGCGAAAUUGAGAAAGAGCUUGACCUGCACCUACGACGAUGAGACCUAUCGCAAGAUCUUGCAAGACCAGCGCUGGCUUAGAAAGGGUGACCUGAGCCCCACCCGUACCUGGGCGAAAUACGUUCGCGAGUCGAGUUGCGGUCGUAGUUCAUGAUAUAUGGGGAAAAGAUUUCAACAUCCAAUACUGAACGUCUAUUACAGCAAGAUACGCGGCAGUCAGUGGAGCGAACUGUAACGUAUCUUGAACUGUCGAAGCGUGCGCACAUACACAUAUACAUAAAAGAAACACACAUACAAACGUACACUCUAGCGCAACAAAUCUAGUGAUGCCCUCUUUACUCUUCCAUGGCAUAUAUGACUUUAUUUUUGUAGGUGUUGUAAGUAGGAUUAAGAUGUUUCUAAGAUAUAGUACGCGCGUUAAACAGACAUCAGGAUGUUGAAAUAUUUUGUACGCAAGAUCCGCCGUUCUGUUCGAAUGGAAUCUAUUGUACAUUCUACCCCGUACGAGCAUCGUCAUCUCCACGGAAUCAGAGUGUAACAGGAAGGUGAUCGAUCAUCCUCAGCCGGGAACAGUGGCCAUCUUUGACAAACUACCCUUCUGUGCUACGGGGAAAACAUCUUUAUACGUUGGAAACGUUGCUCGAAUUUCGCUCGAGAACGCUUGCAAUCCGUCUACCGUCGGCUGAAAUGAUUAAUGUAACGAAGGGCGCUAAAAAAAUGUUCAUCGAUCGCCGGAACAACGGAAGGUCCUCGAAUUAUCAAUCACCCCUCUUCUUCUUCUUCUUCUUCUUCUUCUUCUUCUUCUUGUUCUUCUGCUUCU